ACCCGAAUCUCCCUCACAAUAACUUGUUCUCUCGCUUCUCUCUUUGAAACCUUAAAGGCCUUCUCUGCAACUCAUGUCUUGGUUGCCUUAGUUGUUGAUAUCUUUGGAACUGAUGCUUUCGAUGUAGGCCAGGAAGUUGGUGUUUCUCCUUACAUCUUCUUCCCCUCCACAGCUAUGCUUCUUUCUUUGUCUCUCUAUCUGCCAAAGCUCGAUGAGAUGUACAUUGGAGAGUAUAGAGACAUGAAAGAACCACUGAAAUUGCCUGGGUGUGUGCCGGUUCUUGGAACUGACUUGGUGGAUCCAAUGCAAGACAGGACCAAUUAUGGCUAUAAGUUAUUUCUCCACCACUGCAAACGUUUUAGGAUGGCUGAUGGGAUUUUGAUAAAUACAUUCAUGGGCUUGGUAGUGGGAGCUCUUAAGGCUUUGAAGGAUGGCUCAGACCCAACCACUCCGCCGGUCUACUUGGUCGGACCACUGAUUCAAAAAGGUUCGAGGGUUGGGGUUGAUGACCUGGAGUGCCUGCGAUGGUUAGAUGACCAGCCAACCGGUUCGGUUCUAUUUGUAUCGUUUGGAAGUGGUGGGACCCUCUCGAUGGAUCAGCAAAAUCCAUUGGCUUUGGGAUUGAAGAUGAGUGAGCAAAAAUUUAACAUGAUUGGUGGGACCCUCUCACCAUUGUGGUGUCUCUUCUUUUUAAGAACAAGAGGGGAUGAAAAAUAA